UCAUUUCACACCUCCCUCUCAUUUCCGCAAAAACCGUUCCACGUUUUCUGCUCUCUAAUGGCUUGGCGCAGUGGAGGAUCACUCUCGCGUUCGCUUAUGUCCGCCGCCAGGGCGCCGACCCCCCGCUCUUCCGCACCACUCCCCCACCUCCGUCAGCCGCCUACCUCCUCCCCCCGUUUCCAAUCUCGCCGCUUAUCCUUAGCUCCUUCCAGGAACUUGGGAGAACUGGGAUGCACGCAGUCGUUGUUGCCUUUGGUGGCCUCGGGGCACUUGACAUCACGUCUCAAUGCUAAUCUGCGGGCUUUCUGUGAGCUGUCUCAUGGUACCUUCUGCCGUACUUGUCCGGAUCGUUAAUAGUUUCUUUGUACUUGAAGAGCCUUUAGAUUAGCAAAAUCAAGUGUAACAUUGUUUGAAGCAAGUCGGUGAAUGGAGUACCCUUCGGGUUUUUAGGAUGUUAGGCUUUUUGGCAUAUGCAUAUUGAAUAAAGAUGUCAUGUUCUAUGCUACAUCUGAGAUCAAUGUUAGAUUUCCUAUGCUCUUGGGACAAUCAAAUUUUAUGGUUUUAUAGGCAACUAUAUUUGCGUAUAAGUUUAUUUGCCUGUUCCUUUGA